AUAUCUCGAUGUAAUUUGACGUCAUAUCCGCAAUCGAUGAAACAAAAUGGAUCUUUUAAGAAAAAAUGUUAACCAACAUGAUAUUUAACAACAAAGGGCUUUGCUUUUGAGAUGGAUUGUCAUGGCAGGACCAGUUAUUAAAUUUACGGAACGAAAGCGUGAAAAGUUUGCAAAAUUUGUUGGAUUUACGCAGUGGGUUUGCAUUUUACCAUCUUUUAUGUGUCUGGUGUUAGCAUUAUAUGUACAGUUAGUGAUAGAAGCUAAAAUAAAUUUCAUUGAAGACUACAACGGCACGAUACUUCCUGGAUUCCUUCUAUUUUGUGGAUUUUUCGGAUUGUUUUCGCACAUUUUAUGUGGUAAAGUAGCUUAUACCAACAGGUUACCUGAAAAAAGGGAGAAAUGGAUGAAAUUUUUGCUUCCUGCGCUAAUUGUAACAUUCGUCAUAUUCUUAGCUGAAUUAAUUUCUGGAGUAAUGUGUUUUGCGCAUAUUCAAAAUUUGGAGGAAUCAUUUCAAUCCGGCAUUAAGGCUGCGAUGUCUGCUUACAAGGAUGAUGCGACAACUAAGGAGGAACUUGACAUAUUGCAGUUCGAGUAUGAAUGUUGUGGUAGCAAGGAUUAUAUGGAUUGGUUUUCUGUUGCCUGGAUUCAUCCCGACUUCAGGAGUACAAAGUCACGAACAAGCGACUUAAACAAGACGGUACUUGACAGCGUCCCAUUUAGCUGUUGUAAUCCACAAACUUUGCGCCCGUGCAUUCAACAUCACGUGCACGACAAUAACCUACACUUCAACUACGACUAUCGAAAGGAAACAACACUGUAUAGCAACGGAUGUACGGAAAAACUGAUGUCGUUUUACAAACAUUCAGUUCUGAUGGUAGCUGGUGGACUGGUUUUUAUCCUGUCAAGUAUAGAGUUUGAGCUGAUUAUAUGUAUGCGGUUACUUCAAACGGCAGUGGCGUCAUCGCUAGAGUCCUAUGAUCAAGAAGGUCCAUCAUAUGGGUAUCUGUUCGGUAAUCCGCAGAAAACAGGCGCAGAUUCAACUGGAGGAACGACGCUGCUUGAUACGACAGGGGAGACCACUACAGCGGAUAUCACGUUUAGUAUGGAGGACGGAGAGUUUGACGAAGAACGUUACGUUAAUUUGGAUCCAGUUUACGAAAACGUUGGGCAGUUCGAAGUUGGAGCUGACGAUGAACAUAUCUAUAACGAAGGAGCUGUUGAAGGUUAUCUUGCCGGAAAGUUUGCUCGAUCAAAGGAAAGGUUUGAGCAUCUUCAGGAAGGCGGAUAUGAGGCUCUACAUCCAGCAUACAUGGCUCCAGGCAUCCCUGUUGCCCCGCCGCCGCCACCGCUUCCUAAUGUUAAUUUCAACAGAUCACCAACAAAUCUUCAUGAAGUCCGGUCUAACUAUGGAAGUUAUUUGGCCAUGGAUUUUUCGAAUUCGUCAUGGGCAAAAUAUCUCCCCGCGACAGAGAAAGUACCAAAAAGAUAUAGAAAACACAACAAAGUUCGCGUAAAAAGGCAUCCGUUUCCGAGCCCUAAACGUAUGUCAAGCAGUCCAAAAGAUACAUCCGUUAUAAAUAUGCGCCAAAGUAAAUCACCAUCUAUAUCUGGAUCAGGUACUAGACAAAGGCAUACAGAACCUGAACGCAGACGACUUUUAGAUAGCAGUCCGCCUGAUUUGCUAUAUAGAUCUCCAAAUAGAUAUCCAAAUAGAGAGGAACAUUUGCAAGAGCCACGACGUUCCCUUUUUGAACCUCAUUGUUCAUAUAAACACAGUGCCACUCAAAUCUCUCCUAACAAGAUCCUACCUUACGACCGGAAUUCCAACAUUUUCCCGAGCAUGUUUAAUUCCGUAUAUGGAAAACGAAAGUCUCCGCAAAAGAAGUCUCCAGAUCGGCGCAUUUCUCCUCAGAAAACAAGCUUCAAGUCCGGCGUUUCUUAUAAAUGUAAUCAUGCAUAUGAUUAGAGUAUAUGAACCGUGUCAUGACAAAACCAACAUAAUGGGUUUGCGACCAGCAUGGAUCCAGACCAGCCUGCGCAUCCGCGCAGUUUGAUCAGGAUCCAUGCUUUUCGCUUACAAACCCUAUAACAAGUAGAGAAACUGAUAGCGAACAGCAUUGAUCCUGAUCAGACUGCUCGGAUGCGCAGGCUGGUCUGGAUCCAUGCUGGUCGCAAACCCAUUAUGUUGGUUUUGUCGUGACACGGCUCAAUUAUAUUAAAGUGAUAUAUUUUAUGCCUUAUAUAAAAAAUAAUAUUUAUAGUGUCCAGAAUAUGACAUUUUGUAGUACAAAUAUUGAUAAAAAUGCAAGAGUAUUUUGAGUGGAAAGCGUCAUUUGUAUGAAUAUAUCCGACUUUAUGAUCUGCUACAUAUAUUUUACUGUGUUCUAACACGUGUAUUUAGGACAUUCUAACGUGCAUGCUUACGGUCGGAAUAAGACAUAAUAAUGGGACAUGUCAACGCAAAAAUGCAUUGCACGUAAAUUAAAUUGUUCAAAUCUGUCAUAGUAUAUUUGAUAUCUUUUUACAAAGGCCAAGGAAGGAUUUAAAAACUAGCACAGAAAAUUUUCUUAAACUUUGCACGACUUAAGAGAAUCAGUUUUUAAACUACCCUGGAAAGUGUUGUUUUUUUCUCUCUGUCUCUCUCUCAUGUAUAGAUUACUCAAUGCUACAUGACAAGCAACACCUUAUUUGAUUUUACAUGUAUAUACAUGUAUGUGUUUCUUAGUUUACUCCCCACCAUGGGGCAAAAUUUCGACAAAUUUUAUUCUAUGGUUGCUUAUGUCAAAUGUUAGAAAUAUUCUUGGAGAAAUGCCCCCUUUUGAAGAAAAAUGCAGUAUGUUUAGUCAUUGAAGCAUUGCAACAUAUAUUUCCUAAUUGAAUAGUUUUAAACUUAGCAUAGAAAUUGAAAAUGAAGAUUGAAAUAAAAUGAAAUACCGGUUUGCUUGAUUUUAAAAGUUAUCUGCUCCUGAAUGUGACCAAAGUAAAGAAACUCACUUUUAUCGGCAGAUAGCUCAAAGAAUCCCUAUUUUUCCGAAACAAUUUGUUUUAAUCAUGACUCUCUUUAAUCAUGCUUAGUUUGAGAAAAAAAAUAAUUGCUAGUUUAAAGUUUGUAAAAAUAUUAUAGUAACAUUUCCUAUACGGGGCAUUUUACCUUAGAAAUUAUUGGCUUAACAAAUUCUGUGUAUAAAGUUGGAAAUCAAACAGUAGUGUCUUUACUAUUUGUUUCCGUCUUGUUUUUUGAAAAAUAAAACAUGUAUGGUCCUUC